GCUCUCGCGUCGAGGUGUUCUGCAGGCGCGGAUGAUCGGCAGGGCAUAACGGCACCAGGCCGGCAGCGAGAGUGGCCGGCGCGCUCGCUGCCUACACACGCACGGGGCGCGGACGCGGUGAGCGCACACUCCAGGGCGGCGCUGUUUCGAAGCGCGCAUCAAGCAGUUAAACACUCGGUGCUGUGCAAGCCGCCUGUCAGCGGAACUGCAGCGCGUGCCCUACCUCGACCAUCAUGGAGCGACUCAUCGAGAAUCGCGAGGAGGUCACGGAACCGGUGCCCACGUGCGUCUUGGGCGAGGUCCCCGAGUGGCUGAGCGGCAAGCUCUUCCGAUUGGGUCCCGGCAAGUGGGAGCUGGGCGGGGGCUUCUGCCUUCGCCAUUGGUUCGACGGUGCCGCUAUUCUGUCCGCGUUCGACAUACACAAGGGAAAGGUGCGGUAUAGUUCGCGGUAUCUACAAUCUGAGGCUUACAAAAAGAUGAACAGCGCCAGUCGCCCCGUCGUGACUGAGUUUGGCACGAGGUGUUACCCGGACCCCUGCAAGAACAUAUUCUCUAGGUUUUUCGCGGCCCUGGUCCCCAGCGACUUGACGGACAACAACUUCGGCAACGUGUACUCUCUAGGCGAUGAGUUAUUCUGCACUUCCGAGACGUGUUUUAUGUGGAAGGUCGACCAAGACUCUUUAGAAGCCGUCCAGAGGUUCGACGUGAACAAGUUGGUAUCGGUGAACCUCGCCAGCGCCCACCCCAUAACCCAAGAGGACGGGACCAGCUACAACCUGGGCGCCAGCUUUAUAUCGGGCCUCAAGUACCACAUCAUAAAGAUACCGCCACCAGGAAAAGGCUGUUCGGGUCUGAAGCGGGCGUCGGUGGCGUACCAGAUACCAUCGAGCUGGAAGACGACGUUCAGCUACUACCACAGCUUCGGCAUGACGCGCAACUACGUGGUAUUCGUCGAGCAGCCGCUCCUGGUGAACGCCAUGCGCCUGGUGGGAUCGCGCAUCAAGGGCUACUCCUUCAAAGACUGCCUCGACUGGGCGCCCAAGGAGAAGACCAAAUUUGUGGUGGUGGACAGAUCAUCGGGCGCCGUCUUGAGGACGCGGUUCGUCACGGACCCCCUGUUUUUCUUCCACGUGGUGAACACUUACGAAGACGACGGCCACAUCGUGUUCGACAUGAUCGCCUACGAAGACGCCACCAUAUUGGACAGGUAUUACCUGGACAGGAUUAGGAACUCCGCGGCCGAAGAUUUCGAUCCGGACUGCCAGGGUCAUUUCCGGCGCUUUGUGAUUCCCGUUUCUAAGGUGAACAGCACGAAGGAGGGAAACCUGGUGAGCCUCAAAUACACCGAGGCUCGCGCCUAUCGCCAGGACAACAGCACCCUCUGGCUCACCCACGAGGAGAUGGGAUGUAAAGGGUACGACUUACCGACCAUAAACCCGGAAUACCAAGGGAAACCCUACCGCUACACCUACGGCAGUGGAAACUUCGAGCGGCUAGGCGAGUGCCGGAAUGCGAUCUGCAAGCUUGACAUCGAGAGGCGGGAAAUGCAACUCUGGCGAGAGUCGGAUACGCAGUUCCCCAGCGAAGCCGUCUUCAUCGCGAACCCCGAAGGAGUGGACGAAGAUGACGGCGUCCUUCUGUCGGUCGUGAACGACACAGACUACAGCAAGCCGGACUUCCUCUUGGUGCUGGAUGCCAAGACGCUGACUGAACUUGCGCGGGCCCAAGUGCCCCCUCACGUGCGCGCCUGUACCUCGAUCCACGGUUGCUUCGUCAGGAGCUGAGGGGGCCUACGCAGCCUCUCUCCUCGGGGAGCACCACACGAACCGCCUUUGUAUUCGCGCAGCCCUGGUCCAAUCCAUUGCAUGUACGCGUCUUUCAUUUCGGUGUGGUGCAAAGUAUCGUUCGGCGCCGCCAAGUGAGGUCGCUUUUUAGUGGUGAGCUUCCGCCUGUCCGUGAAACGUGUCGCAGCUCACGGAAUGUCGGAACACCGUGGAUGCCGACGGCAGCAGCAGCAGCAGCGCCGGUAGCGCCACCUCCUGAGGCUUUCUUCAGCCACAACGCGCUAGAAAGAAAGGUGUCUGGGCUUAUUUAUAUGUCUAAUCUUUUUUCAAGGACGUGAUUUUAUAGAAAAUGUUAGCGCCUUUACUCAGCACCGGUAACUCGUCGUCGCACGGCAAGCAAAAUGAGGUGACAAAAAGCACCGCUAAACACCGAACGAAUGCAGCACAAGAGCACGUUUACUUCCCAAAAUCUUAACACGCGUCCGGGAAGCCACGGAAGACAGUACGAAUUCUAUCUUAUUAAAUUCUAGUACGGAUAAUAUUAAACAUGUAUCGUUACACAAAUAAGUAACUGUACUUGAAGCUUUACGAGAAAACGUACAGAACUUCAGUUACUUCGUUGCGUCAUUGCUCUCGCAGAAGGGAGUAAAACAAAAAUACUCCUAAUUACCUCCAGACACAUACACUAGCCCAGACACUAGACACACCAGACACUAGCUCAUCAACGGCUAGUGUCCGGUGCUGCGUGUACACCUUUGCAGUAGCUGCAGUUAUAGAUCUGCGCGCUCUAAUUCACCUAAGCUUGGCAAGAUUUCGCCACCAGCGCUGCGGCACACGUCUGCAGUGCACCUCGAGUUCCAGCUGCAUUUCGUAAACUGUGAUACGUCGACGGACAGGUUUUAAAACUUUGUAUACUUUGUGUAGUGAGUCGCCGUCAAGGUACGACGUGUGUGAGGUGAACCGUCGUCGAUCUCAUGUUGACCGUUGUGAAGAGACUUGUUGCUUACCGAUCCGCGUAGAUGAAUGACAGAGUUGUAAGUGUUGUGAAGUCAAGUUCAAACAAAAAUGCAGGUGUGUAUACCUUGCCGUCGUGUCACAGCCAUUUGCCUAACUGUUACCUGCGUCUUAUUACUGUUCUUUUUUUUCUCCAGGAGUCUCGCUAGCAUAGCUUUCAAAAGAAAUUUCAAGAGCGCGCAGAUUUCUUGGUACAGUCAUUGUUGAAUGUCUCCCUUCGAUAACAUUAAAUUUAAGGUAUAUUCUUGCUUUCUCGUUCAUUUGAGGAAGCGUACGAUCCUUGGAAUCCAGAAACAGAGAUCUCGUGCUCACAGUUGUGUAGCUAAAACAUAGAAAUAGCACUCUAAAUUAGCAGAGCACACCAAAAGCUCAGAUAAGCAACCUGUAGUAAAGUCGUUAAAGCCUGCCAUUCUCGGCACCCAACACCCUAUGCUUGCAUUAGCAGGCAACGCGCAGAUAGUGUGGUUCUACGAAAUACUUUAUCGUUAUACAAAAAGCAGUCAAACCAUUUGCGUCCAUUUGUGUAGUUUUCCUGCAAUUUGCCUUUUCCGACGGAACAUUGCGGGGGUAUGACUUGCGUGAAUAGCGUUCUUUGGUCAUACGUUGCGGCGUUGUGCGUAGCGGCUUCAAGUGAAGCUGAAUAUAAUGCGUGCGCAAGAACUUUUUUGUUCUUGCGCUCAGGAACGGUGAAUAACCGUUAUUUUGUAAACAUCAAGGCAGUGCCAUUCCGCCAGAUUCCUGGGGUGUUGACGUGUUGUUUCUAUGUAUCUACGUACGCGUUCACUGCGAUGUUUUGCAGCUUCGGUUUUUUCAAUUAACGCACUAAGCUACUUAACCUUUUCUCUGGAUACCUCGUAGUUAUAUGUGGACUAAAAGAAGAAACACCCGGCUCCGUAAUUUCAACAUUGUGGUCCAGUUAGGCAUGCUCUGAGCUUUACAGAUAAAGCAAUAACAUGACACAAUCAAGGACCGUCGUAUAAAUGUGUACUUAAAGUCAACCCAGUCAUGUCAGUUGGAAAUUUUCAAAUUGUUCAACCAAGAGCUCCUAGAACCUGACUUUUUUCUAUUAAUUGCAGUAAGCUUCAACAAAUGUGAGCAUAAUUAGAACAUUCCUCCUUUCGCCACGUAUUUAAAGAGGGAACACACAAGAUAUUUUCCUGAACAAGCGUUCAUGCUGUGUGUAUCAGCAAUCACUCUAUGCCUUUCUUCACAUCUUAACAGCGCUCUUGAUUUGUACAUAAACAAUUGUAAAUAUACGCUUGAUAUCGGGCAACUACGUCACCACUUGACUCACCUAUUUCAUUUGGAGUUCGUCAUUACGUGGUUUCCUGGUUGUUCGAUCGUGUAAAAAUAUCAGCUGUUUCCUCCAUCAAUUUCUUUUCUUGUUUUUUUGUUUUUUGACUUUGGUUUAGCCGGCACGAACGGGCGUGCCGGCUAAACCAAAGCGUUUGCUAAAAUAUGCACGUUUCCCGCAUGUCGAAAAUUGCGAGGGCGUCGCGGCCGACUUAAUAUUGCAGCCUUGGUUCUAAGCUGCAUCACGAAAAUGGGAAUAAAUACAGCACGCACUUUUUUUCUUUAACGUAGCUCACUGUAAAUGAGGAGCUGCCUGACAGCAUGCGCACCCUUGUUGACGACAAAGCCCAGAAAAUAUACUUCCGCCAACGGGCCACUUCGACAACUAUUGGACAAAUGGCAACCAUUGCUCUAUGACUGGUGCACAGUAUGGGGACAAACGUUUAUUUGAGGUACAGUUACACCCUCAGUGAAUCAGUGAAUAACGUCGGCACGUCAUCUUUGUGUCCGCUUCAGAGGCAACUUGUGUGCAACAGGCCAGAGCAGACGCAAACACGACACCUCGCCUGUUAGGAUUUGGUGCCCGUUCUACUACUGAGGUUGUUAUUAAAUAAUUACUGUAGACAAGUUAGGGGAUAGAUUACAUUAGAGCCGCCUAUUCUGCGGCGCAUAUGAAACGCAACGCGGUCCCCUUUCCCGCGUAACAUACCCACACACCCCGAAGACAAAUAUACCCAUCCUACACACAAAAAGCAAAAUCAGAACAGAGAAAUAAUGUUUUAAAGUCAUCUCUGCCGAGGAUGACCUUGCCCUUGCCCGUUCGGUGCCUAGUCGUAAAAGCGCGGUUAUGGGCACACAGCUGGCUCAUUUUGGAAGAAUAUACCGAAACUUGCCCUUCCGGAUUCAUAGGUGAACAUCUUCAAAAGAAGUCGGCCUCGCUGGAUAAACCUUGCACCUCAGACACACUCGGAAUUUCACGGACCAUUGAAAUGAAAGAUCAUUCAAAUUUGUGAGUUCGAAGGGCUUCCUUGCAUGAGCGCGCACAAUGGAGCCACUUAAGCGCUCACGUUUCCAUGGCCUUUGCUUUUUUAAUGGUCAUUGGAAGCGCGCGUCGAACUGUGCUACUAAAGGGCUCUUGAAAUUUUCCAAUCAGGUUAGGAAGUGUGAGUGCUGAAGGUUGGAGGCCUGACAACUUCAGUGAAUAUCGUAAAGUUCCUGGGAAUACUAUAACCCGCCCUAACGGUAACCCCUGAAUAAGAGGCUGAGUCGGGCUUCGAGAUGUACACACUUUUGAUUGCGAAAAUGGAUAGAGAAAAUUUUCACACCGUUCUCCAGAUCGUUUUUUAGGCUUCACAGACGACAUCAGACAAACUGGAAAGCCAUGGAUACGAUUUGUCCGCGUAAAUCAAGCAAUAGCUUGCACAGAAACUAACGCUCGGUUUAACCUUGAGCGCGCCGUUGUUCAGUAUAAUAUUCUUGUUCGCCUAAAGUCGGGUUGUGUAAAGGUACUUUCUGUCGGGAUAGUUGGCACCAGUCAUCAGACAUUCCGAACAUAACCGUUACAUCACCUGCUCUCUAGCAUUGUUUUCGCCAUCCAUCUUACCGUGUUUUUUUUUGUUCUUUCUUUGACGCGAGAUGUGGGACCACUUCCUUUUCUGGCAAUUCAGGGUGUUGACGAUGACGUAGCUGCUCGUAAUGCAUCUUUGUUUUUGUACCUUUUGUUGAAGCACAUUACCAUGAGUGGAGUGAUGUUAGAAGUACAGUCGACCAAAAAAGUUUACGGACCAAGAGAUCUGACGACAGUCUGAAUAUCUCCGCGGCCUCAAAACGCAGCCUGGUAUUCCUAUUUGCAGCCUUUACUGGUAUAUGUGGACAACAUUGUGAUGUAUGGUUUUACUGGCUGUUCUUAAAGGCUGCUCGUAUAUUUCGCAUUUUCUGAGACCCUAUGGUCCGUAAACUUUUUUGGUCGACUGUACAUCUAAGCUGCCAGUCUUACGCCAAAAUGACAUCUCUGAAAAACUAGUCAUGCUCCUUAUAACUUAUUGUUUAGCAGCCUUGGAAGAUUGCUGUUCAGAGAAAGACGAGUCUUAAAUUUCAAUCGGCAUAAUUGAGGCAUUAAUUAGGUCGGGAAUGCUGACUACGUGAAAGUUGAGAUGAACUCGUUUGAUAGCUUGACCUACCAAAAAAUGCAUGCGAGUUUAUUAUACAAAAUGAGGCAACGAGGAUAAAGAGAGAGACAGCUGUCCAGCACUUGUGUUCGCUACUUGACACAUUCCAUGCAUUCUUCAUUAAUGAACAAUGGUCUGGCAAGUCCGAGUAUAAACGCACUCAUGUUUUUGUAAGUGAUUUCAGUGACCACCAAUGUCCUUUAAGGUGAACUUUGUGGGAGGCAGCACGGAAAAAAUAAACGACGUCCUUAAUCUCAACGGUGUCGAAUGUUAAUCAUCAUGCAUGCAUUCCCAAACUGUGAUAAACCGAUUUGUUCCACAUUCCUUCAUUUCCAUACUGCGUGUGUCCUGUGCAACUGCAUCUCUUCAUUGCCAUUAUUUUACACAUUGUAUACUGUCCCUAAGUUUAUGAUCAUUGUGAUAUGCUUUUUGUGUCAGAAGUCUGUUCGUACUUGGAUACUACUGCUGUAUUUUGUUUGCCUGUACAACCGAAGCCUGCAAGAGUCUGGCAUCCAGGCUGGCAGUAUCCAAUAAAAAAAA